AUGGUGUCUCAAUUUCCCGUACCUCGCUCCCAACUGAGGAUUGCGCAUUGGACCAGGGUGGUACGCGGACAACAGAUCACUACCUGCUUUGCGGGUGACGAAGAAACCCUAUCGACGCACAGCGAUACCUUCUCCUCCGUCGAGUCCAAUGCCCUGAAGCUUGAAGUAAUUCGUUUAACCAAGCUUCGGAUGCCACGGUGGGAUCCGGUGAUUGCUUCCAUAGAAAAGGCAUCCAAGGGAAACCUUCAGUUACUUUGGAUUGGCGACGCGACCAUAUUGCCCUUUCCCAUUGAGAAGCUCUGUAGGCUUUCACGCCUCGAUAACCUCCAGCAUCUGGUUGUGCUCGCAUGUAUCAAUCGCACAGGUGAUUCCCGGGAAGCCGACAACUGGUUUCGCGAAACGUUAAUCGCGUCCCAGCGCAAGAGCGUCCCUCUCACAAGCCUUGCGAUCAAAGCCUGGAUUGGUGACCCCUUGACUCUAGCUUCCCUCUAUCAUGUUUCCUUACAUGCGAAAUCACUGACUACCCUCAGGCUCUCCAUCAACUCCUCCUUCCGUUGCGAUGUAUUCCCUCCCUCAAUGCUUCCCCCUGAUAUUCCACCGCCAUAUAAAGAACCUUCGUGUCUCCAAAAUUUAUGCCUCGACGACACCCGAGCUGAAAGAUUCCCUGUCGAUUCCCAUCGGGAGUAUGCACUCUUCCUGGAUAGGCUCUUCCCCGACCUCCCAAAAGUUACCGUCGACGAGCCACGAAAGUCGGAUGUCGCUGACAAGGGCAAAGAGGGAUGGUCGAUUAUCGAGCAGUUAAGGAAAGACUACCAACUUCGCCAGAGGUCAUCCUCGCCGUCAGUAAAUAGCCUGUAG